CUAUUACCAUGCAGAUCAUGUCAAAAUAAAAUAUUUGGUUAUAUAUCAAAACACUAGAAUCUUGAAAUUUUCGAAUAAUAAAGUGACGUUAUAAUAUGUAUUGAAUAUUGUGAAGAUAGUGUUUUGCUAGACUUAAAGUUUCAUCAUGGAUUUGGAUAUUGCCGCAACAGAAGAGAAUCUUGUUGAAGCCUUACGAAGAGCCUCAAGUCAAGAUGCAGCAAUAUUGAAACCAGCUGAAGAAAAAUUACGUGAAUGGGAAAUUCAACCUGGCUUUUAUUCUGCUUUACUUAACAUAAUUUCAACUCAUAAUUUAGAUUUGAAUAUCAGAUGGAUGGCUGUUUUAUAUAUGAAAAAUGGUAUUGAUAAGUAUUGGAGAAAAACUGCUCCCAAUGCCAUUAGUGAAGAAGAAAAGAUUUUAAUCAAAAGGGGAUUGAUUUCAUCAUUCAAUGAACCUGUCAACCAAAUAGCCACACAAAGAGCGGUUUUAGUAGCUAGGAUUGCAAGAAUAGAUUGUCCAAAAGAAUGGGGGGACCUUCUACCUUCACUUUUGCAGACAAUAUUGAGCAAUGAUAUCCUAAUUCAACACAGAUCAAUGCUGACCCUUCAACAUGUUAUUAAAUCAAUAGCAUCUAGAAGAUUGACUGGAGAUAGGAGAAUUUUUCAAGAUUUUACUGUCGGUGUUUAUAGUUUUAUUGUUAAUUUAUGGAAUACUUUUACGGAUUUGUUCAUCAGCAAUAUAUGCCAGAAUGAGAGUGUAGAACUGAUAAUAUCUAAUUUAGAAAAAGCUGUUCUGAUUUUGAAAAUAUUGAGGAAUUUGACGAUUCAUGGAUUGUACAGACCACAUGAGAAUCGAGACUGUAUGGCGUUCUUGAAAGUUUUGUUAGAUAAAACAAAAUCAGCUUUGGAAUGCAGAAAACAGCUGAAAGGAAAAGGCAUCUAUGUCUUGGAAUUAUGUGAAAAAUAUAUCAAUCACGCAACUAAAGUACUGGUAUCGUUAUUGGAGAAUCAUCCAUUUUCCUUUAUCAACCUCAUCCACAGCAGUUUGGAAUUCACCACAUAUUAUUUGUUCACACCGGAAGGAAUCCAGUACACAUACGAGAGAUUUUCGAUCCAGUGUUUCAAUAUUAUAAAAGGAAUUCUACACUGUAACGAUUACAAACCACUGAAAAAUACACAAAGUUCCAAAUAUAAUGAGAUGGUACAGGCGAGAGAUAUAAAAUUAAACUUUUUCCAACCCAACAUACUUACAGAGAUCUGUCGGAGACUUGUAACCCAUUAUUUUAUACUGAAUCAAGACGAAUUAGACAUGUGGGAUGCAGAUCCUGAAACGUUUGCUAAUGACGAAAUAGGGGACAGCUGGAAAUACAGCCUUCGGCCAAGUAUGGAAACUGUUUUUGUUACCAUGUUCCACGAGUUUAGAGACAUUUUGGCGCCUGUUUUAUUGGAACUCGUAGUAGAAACUAGUGAUAUAGUUUCAUCAGAGGAUUUACCAGCAAUCUUGAAGAAAGAUGCUGUUUAUAAUGCAGUCGCUUUGGCAGCAUUCGAUUUAUAUGAAGAGGUUGAUUUUGACAAUUGGUUCAUCCGAACCCUUAGCGAGGAACUGAAGAUAAAACACAACAAUUAUAGAAUAAUUAGAAGGAGAGUGAGUGUACUUAUGGGCAAAUGGGCAGGUAUCAAACUAUCUCCGAAACUGAGGCCAUAUAUGUAUGAGUGUGUUAUAAAUUUGUUGAGCUGUCAAGAAGACAUGGCUGUGAGGAUUACCGCAUCUUCAACAAUGAGAUACGCUAUAGACGAUUUUGAAUUUGAUGCAGAACAAUUCAAGGAUUACUUGGAGGCUUCAUUCAAUUUACUAUUUCAGCUUCUGAAGGAGGUUCAAGAGUGUGAAACUAAGAUGCAUAUUCUGAACGUGAUGACUCUAAUAGUGGAGAGGGUGGGCCAUACGAUACAGCCUCAUACUGAUGCCCUGAUCCAGUAUCUACCCCUGAUAUGGAAAGAAUCCGAAGACCACAACAUGCUUAGAUGCGCCAUUGUUUCGACACUUGUUCAGUUGGUUAAAGCUCUUGGAACUGUGGUUCCCGAACUGACACCUUUUCUUAUUCCAAUCAUCAUGUUGGGAACCGAUCCUAAGCAGUCGGCCAUCGUUUAUCUACUAGAAGACAGCUUGGAAUUGUGGUUAACUGUACUGGAGAAUUCUUCAGGCAUGACCAGUGAGCUUAUCCAGCUUUUCAAUAACAUACCAUCCCUGCUUGAUUACUCGACUGAAGCAUUUGGCUUAUGUAUGGGAAUUUGUUCGGUACAUACUCUCUUAGCGCCAGAAGUAGUGAUGCAAACUCACGGUCUUCAAAUAAUGACCCUUUGUAGUAACAUGAUGGCCGAUUUGAAGAACGAAGGAAUCAUGAUGAUAUUAAGACUGGUAGAAUUGUAUCUUAGGGCUAGUCCGACGCUAGGACCGGAAACGGUUCUCCCAAUCUUACCCAGAAUAUUUGAAGGUGUAUACGAAGGUGAAAAAUAUCCCAUGAUCAUGUCAAUGUACAUAACGGUCCUAUCUAGGGUUCUGAUAUCCAACCAUAAUAUAUUUUCUAAUGUAUUGAACAUGCUGGCUUCUGUACAUAAUGAAAGUGAAGAAAUAGUUAUGUCAAAAAUAUUAAGAGUUUGGUUGCUCAAAAUGCCCAAUGUCUCGCAAGUAGAACAAAGAAAAGUAAUGGGCCUAGCUUUAGCUAAUAUCCUGACGAUAAUCUCCAGGCCCAUUCUGGAAAUGUUCGGCUCCAUUAUGAUCCAGGUUUUGGAAGCCUUAAAUGACGUCAUCAAAACAGAUGAAAAUGGAGUAGUUUCUGAUUGUUUAAUUUUAAAUGGAGACAGGAGCCCUAGCUAUUUCUAUGAAGAAAGCGACGGCUUAUGUGAAACUGAACACGAUCAAAGAAAAAAGCAACUGAUUCACGUGGAUCCAGUGCACACAAUUGUUCUUAAAGAAUACCUUCAAUCACAAAUAUUCACCCUGAAAAAUACAUUACCCUUAGACCAGUACGAGCAAUUGUUGAACCUGGUGGAUGCUGAUACCAUGUCAAUGUUGAAAGAAUAUAUUACCUUUUGAAAUUCUAUUCAGAAGACUAAUGUUUUUAUCUUAUUGAUUUUGAAGUAUGUUGAAUGUUAUAUAUUGUAAGAAUUUAAUUGAAAUAUUAAUUUAAAUAUCUUAAUAUUUGUAUUUUUAUUAUAUCAUUGACCAAAA